GGUGGCCAAGCUCCGUAUCGACAGCCUCCACCGCUCGCCUGGGAACACAGCAUACGCGUGAUGUGCAGGAGCAACACCAAAAAAACAAAGGCAAUUUUGUUUUACGUUUCCUAUAAAAACGCAAUUUUUAAGUAUAUUUACGCUUCUUCCUCAAUUUCGAUUAAAUCACGUUGCUUUUACGCUUAAUUGCUUGAACGGCGGCUCAUUUUUAAAAUUUCAGUUUUUUUUUCUUUUUGCCUUCAAGAGGAGAGAGGGGCUGUUUCGGACUUUGGGUGCAAGUAGCAUUUAACUCAAAUAGGAUCCUGCUCAAAUCCUGCAUACAAACACCCCUAAAACACGGUAGAAUUCCGGUUGUCACACUCCAUGGAGACGCUCAAAUCUCUUCUUCCGGAUGACCUAAAGCUGCUUAUCGGCCAAAGCACUUCAGAUAACCUCGACCUAACUUGCUCUUCACUUCUGGAAUUCUGCCAGCUUCUGCCCCAGUUUCAGAGAGUUAUUGGACAAUUAACUGGUGGAGUGGCUCUUUGUCGGAAGAGUAAGGAGUCAGCUUUGGAUUGGAAGAAGAAAGGAAAUGAAUGCUUCUCAGAGGGAGACUAUGCUAAAGCUUUGACCUUUUACUCGAAGGCAUUGCGGUAUGCACCAAUGGACAUGGAUGGUAUGGAUGAUAAGUUAGUUGGAGCUCUUUAUGUUAAUCGUGCAUCUGCACUACAUGCUUGGUACAGGAGAGGGAAGGCAAAUGCUUCACUCCAACGGCAUGAAGCUGCAAUAUGUGAUUUACAGAUUUCUUUGUUUAUGGAAGGUUCUGUAUCUGGGAAAACCCAGAUAAAGGAAGAUAUUCAGUUGCUAUUACCUCAUCGCAGUAAGGCAACAAAUGAGUCAGAUUAUACAAAGAAAAAUGAGAAAUUACAUGAUGUUUUAGCCGAUACUAAGCUGCAUUGCGUUACAACACCAGAUAAAGCCAGAGGAAUGGUCUCUUCAAAUGACAUUCCUGCAGCUUCAUUAAUUCACACCGAAGAACCUCUUGCUGCGAUUAUUACAAAGUCUUGCCGCGAAACACAUUGCCAUUUUUGCUUCAAUGAAGUUCCUGCAGAUCCUUUGUUCUGCAGAUCAUGCACAAUACCACUUUACUGCUCCGAGCAUUGCUUAGAACAAGCUGUGGGCUGUAACUUUGUCAGGAGCAAUGAUUUUUCUAAUUUUCAGAAUAAUUUAUCAGUAGAACUUUGGAAAUAUGCUACAGAAAGCAUCUCACUAUAUCAUAGUGCUCGUGAAAAUGGUGGUGACCUGCCUGAACAUACUCAUGAAUGUGGAGGCGCACACUGGCCUGCUGUUUUACCACCUGAUGUAGUUUUAGCUGGCAGAGUCAUGAUGAAGUCCAUUGAGAAGAGAAAACUUUCUGGAGGAUUGGAUAAGAAUAUUGAAACUAUGGAUUUCUCUCACAGUUAUAACAAAAUUCCUCCUGAUCACAAGUUGGAGAUGCAUCUAUAUGCCCUGGUCUUGGCUUGUUGUCUUCGCCAUUAUUUGCCAUCUCUUGAGACUUCUAUUUCCAAGUUUGUUUUGCUGAUAUCCCAGAUUAAGGUGAAUUCUAUGGCAGUUGUGCAUAUGAAAUCAUCUGAUGAGCCUGAUUUGUCGAAAAAAUCAUCAGACCUCUCUGCAAUUGGAAAUGCUUUUACUUCUACUGUUGAGCAGGUUCGAGUUGGCCAAGCCAUUUAUUCCAGGGGAAGCUUAUUUAAUCACUCAUGCAAGCCAAAUGUCCAUGCAUAUUUUCUUUCGCGCACACUUCACCUACGCUGCACUGAACAUGUUCCAACAUGGUACCCGCUCGAGCUCUCUUAUGGCCCACAGAUUGGCGAACUUGAUCAUCAAGAAAGACAAAAGAUGCUUGAAGAUCAGUACUUUUUCAAAUGCCGUUGCAUUGCAUGUUCAGAGCUUAAUUUAUCUGACCUUGUAAUCAACUCUUUUAGGUGCUCUAAGCCCAACUGUCUUGGUGCAAUCCUGGGCAGGGCUUAUGAGAAACUUGAGGAUGACUCUUGGCUUGUUUCUGCUGCAUCUUAUUGUAGCAAGCUCUCUUUGCCUGUGUUUCAGGAACAUAAAAUGAACAUUUGUGAGGUGGCUCAUUUUCUUCUUGAGAAAGAUACAUUACAGAAAAUAGGUCCCGGUAAUUGCUUGAGUUGCUGCUCAUCUCUUGAUUUGUCAUCAUCGACCUCAGCAUCUAAUAAUUCUCUGUCAGAUAUUUGCAGAUUGAAGGACUUGAUACUUUCCUUUGUAGCUAAAGAUAGUUUAAUCUCUGAUAUCCUGAUAUCACUUGGUGAUCUGAGAUCUGUUAAGCAUGCAUACAGCAAGGUUGUUGCUCAGGCUGAGGAUGACGUUGCAGAAACCUUUGCUAUGAUCGGUCAGUUUGCGCAUGCAAAAAAGCAUUGCCAAGCAUCCAUGGAGAUCCUUGAAAAGCUAUACCACACAAAACACAUCACUGUUGCUCAUGAAUGGAUAAAGCUCGCAUCAAUCGAUUUCUCUUUAGGCAAUCCAGCUGAUGCUUUAUGUGACAUAAUGCGAGCAGAGGAAAUAUUUUCACUUUACUAUGGUUCUCAUGUGGCCAAAAUAUUUCCCUAUAUCGAGCAUUUCAAGAAAGAGGUGGAGAAGAUUGGAUUUGUUGCUGUCAGAUGAAAGAAGGGCAACAACUUGAAUUAAUGAAGCUGCAUAACAACUGAACUUCCCAUUAACCAGAAUUGGAUAUCCUUAGCGAUAUUCAUCUCGCAGGGCCUGUUUGUGUUCUUAGAUGUUGCUGUAUGAGUUCCCAAAAGGCAGGGUACUUAUUUAGGACGGCUUUCUUACUGUUUCUUAAAACAGUUUUUUAUAUAAAAAUUAAAAUUUUUAUACUAAAAAAAUAAGAAAACUGUCUCAAACGAAGCCUUUAUUGUUAUAAGGAACGGUUUUUUCUUCUUUUGAAACAUUGUUUUGUAAUUAUAUGUGCUAGAAUACACUUUUUAUUUUUUUUGGUCAAAGUGAACUUAUUUUCAUUCA